AGUAAAAUUUAUAGAACCCAGGGCCUUGCACCUCAAGGCUCCCUCACAUGUCUCCCUGGGGGCACUCUGCAAAGGCAACCAAAUCCUGCUGAUUGAAGAUUACCAUUUGUUCUCCACCCAGUCCACCCUCUUUGUUUGUACCUACACUGCCUGCCAAGCCAACCAGCAUCAGAAGAGGAGGAGAAUGAGCUACCAGCAAGUCCCUCCCCAAGAAACCUACCCCCGACCAGGGUACUCCCAACCAUACCCGCCUCCGCAAUAUGAAUCUCAACCUUAUCCUCCACCUACACCACCGCAAGGAGUCUACCCUCCUCCCCCACCCCAAGCGAUAUAUCCCCCACCACCACCGGGAUACCAGGGCUACUUCCAUGAUGGGUACCCUCCGCCACCGCCGCCGCCACCACCAUCUCAACCGUACUACCAUAGACAUGAUCAUGAUUCCUCUUGCUUCUCAUUCAUACAAGGAUGUUUGGGUGCUCUUUGCUGCUGUUGUGUGUUGGAAGAGUGCUGCUUCUAAGGAGCCUUAAUGGGUAACAUGGAAAUAAGCUCUGUUUUUCUGCAUUGUCCUCUACAUAUUUCUUCAUCCAUAUUUCUCAGCAUGUUCCCCAUAUCAUGGUGGCUGUGGACUAUUAUAUAAGAUCAGUGGAACUCAUGGAUUGUGUGCAGCGUAGUUAUUAUUCCAUAAUGGCACCCUCUGGUGAACUUUGUAAUUUUUAUGGACAUUGUGUAUUAGAAUCAUGCAUGCCCUGGGAAUAGGCCGUGUAGCAAUUACAGAUCAACACAUGGAGGCAGAUGUAUGCCUGUGUAUCACACAAUCAUUAUGCGUCAUGUUUCCUACUCUUC